AGCGCCGGGCGCUUCGCUGCAGUUUGCAAGCCGAGCCGAGCCGAGCCGAGCCGAGCCGAGCCGAGCCGAGCCGAGUCGAGUCGAGUCGAGUCGAGUCGAGUCGAGUCGUGUAGACUCGAGCCGAACCGAGACAAGCCGAGCCGAGCCGAACCGAGACAAGCCGAGCCGAGCCGAACCAUGCAUCUGGGCGUGCUGGUCCGGCUGUGGCUGUCGGUGGCGCGGGCGGUGCUGGCAGCGGUGGGCGCGCGGCUGUGCGCGCUGUGCUGGAGCCUGGCACCCCUCUCCCUGUCCCUCUCCCCGCCCCUGCCCGCACCGCGACGGGUCACCGCUCUCAGUCCCGCCGGCCCGGAGCGGGACGGGGACGGCGCGAACCCGACACCUGUCAGCGUCAAUUACCACUUCACGCGCCAGUGCAACUACAAGUGCGGCUUCUGCUUCCACACGGCCAAGACCUCCUUUGUGCUGCCCCUGGAGGAGGCCAAGCGCGGGCUGGCGAUGCUCAAGGACGCAGGAAUGGAGAAAAUAAAUUUUUCGGGAGGUGAACCGUUUCUUCAAGACAGAGGCGAAUUUGUUGGCCAACUGGUCCAGUUUUGCAAGCAGGAGUUGAAACUACCGAGUGUCAGCAUUGUUAGCAAUGGCAGCCUGAUUAAGGAACGGUGGUUCAAGAAGUACGGUGAAUAUUUAGACAUUCUGGCAAUUUCAUGUGACAGCUUUGAUGAGGAUGUCAAUGUUCUAAUUGGCCGUGGUCAAGGAAAGAAAAACCAUGUGGAAAAUCUGCAUAAACUGAGACAGUGGUGCCGAGAGUAUGCUGUUGCUUUCAAAAUAAAUUCAGUCAUCAACAGAUUUAAUGUUGAGGAAGAUAUGAAUGAGCAGAUCAAGGCACUCAACCCCGUGCGCUGGAAGGUAUUCCAGUGCCUCAUCAUCGAAGGGGAGAACAGUGGUGAGGAUGCUCUGAGACAAGCAGAAAAAUUUGUUAUCAGUGAUGAAGACUUUGAAAAAUUCCUGGAUCGACACAAAGUUGUCUCUUGUUUGGUACCUGAAUCUAAUCAGAAGAUGAAGGAUUCAUACCUCAUUCUGGAUGAGUAUAUGCGUUUUCUAAACUGUAGAAAUGGACGGAAAGAGCCUUCCAAGUCUAUCCUAGAUGUUGGUGUAGAAGCAGCUAUAAAAUUCAGUGGAUUUGAUGAGAAGAUGUUCCUAAAAAGAGGAGGAAAGUACGUGUGGAGUAAAGCAGACAUGAAACUGGACUGGUAAUUCAAUAUACUGAGUUGGGGCUGCUGCAUUACAUAAAGAAAAUGGGUGUGUUUAUAUGUAUCUAAUGUUUUUAACUACACUUGAUAUGUUAUACAGAUUGAUGUUCAGUAUAACUAUAUAUAUGAACGUGUUAAAUGUUUUUAAAAUGUGGAUUAUGUUCUUAUCUAGUGUUUAGUCGAAUAUUACCAGUUACCUUUGGAGAUUUCAUAUAAAUAAUUCCCUGAAAUCAACUUUCUAGUCCAUUGUAUGAAGGAUUUAAGGGCAAACCAUUAAUAGAAUGUCACAUGGGAAACUGCUUUAAGAUAAUACAUAAGUGUGCAUGCCAGAAAACAAACCAAACUCUACCCAAAUCUCUAAUUCAUUACAACCAGCUGUAAUGAUGGAUAAAUUGAAACUUAUCAGGUAACAUAUUCUGCCUGGUUCAUAAAGAUGGAUUGCAAUUCCUCACUAAAGCACAAGAGGGCCUAGCUGGAAGUCCUCUGGAAACAGAGCCUGCCUUUUUUAGGCAUAACAGAGAGUCAGAAUCUAGGAAUCAUUAUCUGUAAUAAUACAUUUAAAAGGAAAUCGAAAUGAGAAAAUUGGAAAUUUUCAUUCUUUAAGUCUUAACCGUAAAAGCGUCUGUUGUUGUUCUCCAGAUACACACAUCAUAUUGGCAAAAAUGCUGUGGUGUGUAAUUUUCUGUGAAAACAUAUUUCUAGUCAUGAAGAAUACUAAAUUUGUCCUAAAAGUGCAUUUUGCCCAAUGAUAAGCAAAUUAUUAUUUCCCAUUGGCAAUGGCCUUGGUUCUAACAAAUACUUAUAAUGAAAACAAUAUUUGCACUUUAUUCAUGGCUUCUUCAGUUUUCCUUUUAUCAGCAAAUAUUGAUUUAUUAUUUUAAAAAUGUUUUAUCUCCCUGUCCAUACAGUUCUGAUGAAGAUUCCAUCUGAAGUUAGUUAACACUCAGUAAGAACACCUAAUAUAUGUCUUCUGUUGCAUGCCAUGUUAUUCACAUGCUUUUUGUUUUGCUAAGCCAUGGAAUUAUAAACAACAAACUUCAUAUAUGAUGUAACCUUCUUUUAAAGGUUGCUUAGCUUAGUAAUUUUUCUUACUUGCUAGUUAAAAAUGUGCAGGUAUUAAGUGAAACUGUUCUUUUUGAUAGCUGUCUUUGAUCUUUGUCAGCAUCAACAUAAAAUGGAGAAAAGUCAAAAAGCCCUGAAAAACAAAGACCUAAUAUGCUGCCCUUGUUCUUGGUUUUCUGGCAGCUGUUAUGGCUUUACAACUGAGUUUUCCAAAUUUAACUAGUCCCACCUCCACUCUGCAAAGCUCUGUAUGAAGAGCAUCGGAAUGAGUGGCGCACAAAGCAGAUGUGAGCUGGUGCUGCUCGUUCAUCCUGGCCAUUGAACUUAGUGCCUGGACUCUCUCACAUGCUUAAAUAUUUGCAGCAGUUGGGAGCCAGCAUGCAAUAAAUGUACCAUGUGGAGAAUUCUUUUUUUUUUUUUUAAUAAUGAUAGUUGAUUUUUUUAAAGGGGUUUUGAGAGAAGUGUUUUGCAUUCACCUAAUGCAUCUUCAAAGUUGAAAGGAAAAGCACUUAAGUAGGAGCUGCUACUUCUGAAUAAAGGAAGGUGCAUCUCUGAAUACACUGUGAAAAUGUUUCCAUUUAUAAUACUUUUCCUUUCUAUUUUUACUAUCCUAACUGUAAAUAUAGUAUGUUAGAGGUACACUUUUGUGUUUUGCAUUUUGCAAUCACAACACUUCCUAGACACUUAUAUUUCAGGCUUUUUUUUUUCUUGUAUUACUACUAGGUUACAUUUAAAAUGUGGCCCACACACAUUAACCCCACAGUCUUUUGGCAGCUGCUUCAUUGACCUCAGUUGGAGCUCUGCCUGAACAGCAACUACGAGCAGUGCAAAUUUAUGUAACUGUGGGGUUCGACUUCCUCUGCAUUCCCAUUGCUCAAAUGGUAAACCUUGUCUCUUCCUCAGCAUCUACAUCCCAUCAUAGAAAAGCAUUUUCCUUUUGCAGCUGGCUCAGUCUCAGCAUGGGGAAAGAUUUAGUACCAGUAAAUCUACCGGAUUGCUGCUUCUACAGAAAAUGCCAGCUGUAUCACAACACACAGAUGUGAGGUACACAAACUCCCAUUCAGAUCCAGAAAUCCUGCCAUUCUUUGCUUUGCAUUUUACUCCAUAAAUGGCUAUUCUUUUGCUGCAAGAGAUCCUCUGUGCCUACGGAGGAUGCUGCAGGAUAAACAAACCGGAGCUGAAAAUGUGAAAAUCAAGUAAAUAACAUAAAGUCAUUAAAGUUGGCUUUUAUCAGAAGGUUCUAAGUUAUUAUCUUCUUAAAAUAUUAAGGAUGUUACAUUGUCUCUUGCUACCAUACAUAACUAAGAAAAAGUUUCUGCUCUGUGCGAUACUCUUUACCAGGGAAGUGUCAAUCAUCUACAAUGUAUUCAUUGGAAAUUAAGAAUUUGACAUAACACAGUUUAACACACAUUAAUGUUAAACAACAGCUAUUAGUAAUUUUAUAUACAAAAUUCAUUUUUUGUGUAAAAUAUAUAUACGUUUUUUACUACAGCUUAA